AUAAUUGGUAAUAUGUAUGUGUAUGUGUAUGUGUAGGAACUUUUUCUUAUCUGGCAUUGAAUAUUUCUCCCUCACCAAAGUCUUGUGCUCUUACCCAAAUCUAGCACUGUUAGCGUCGCCGGAGAGUUAAACUUGCCGUCGACCGUCCGACGGGCAAAAUCGCGGCUCUGCUUGUAUUGGGAAUGUUGGGGUGGAGUUACUGCGCCUGAAGAGUUGAGGUUUCCGUCGCUAGAUACGACGUCGUGUGGAGUUCAGCCGGAGUUUGAAAAAGUCUACUUUGACCGCCCCUUCCAUGAGUAGUUGUAGAAGAGGGCUCUGAGUUUCCGUUGACCGAUUCGAUUCCAGAUUUGAAUCUUCCGGCGUAAACUAUGGGGCAUUGUUGUAGCAAGGGCGUUGCUGCCCACGCCGCCGAUAAAUACGACUUCGACUCCUCCACAACCGCCGCCGCCGCCGCCUCUACCCCCCGCCCUCCCCCCGUCCCUUCCGGAUCGCGUUCCCCUCACGCCCCCGUCAAUGGUGCGGCGGCGCGUACACCAGCUCACGCCGCAGCAAGCCCCUGGCAGAGUCCAUACCCUUCCGGUAUUGCGCCGACGCCAUCUCCCGCGAGGACUCCUGGGAGGAAAUUCCGGUGGCCCUUGCCCCCUCCAUCUCCGGCGAAGCCCAUCGUCUCGGCUUUCUUUAGACGCCAACCUGCUGUGCAGCCUACGAAGCCGAUACCGGAAGAAACAGCUGGCGCUGCCCGCGAAGACGGAACCGAGCAGGCGCUUGAUAAGAGCUUUGGGUAUUCGAAAAAUUUCUCUGCCAAGUAUGAAAUGGGGAGAGAAAUUGGUCGAGGACAUUUUGGCCAUACUUGCUGGGCUGUGGGUAAAAGGGGGGAAGUGAAGAAUCAGCAGGUGGCUGUCAAGAUCAUUUCCAAAUCUAAGAUGACGACAGCAAUAGCAAUUGAAGAUGUUCGUAGGGAGGUGAAGAUAUUAAAAGCUUUGUCGGGACAUCAGAAUCUGAUCAAGUUUUAUGAAGCAUUUGAAGAUGUUCAUAAUGUCUAUGUAGUUAUGGAAUUGUGUGAAGGAGGCGAGCUGCUGGAUAGGAUUUUGGCGCGAGGUGGACGAUAUACAGAAGUAGAUGCCAGGAACAUUGUUGCACAGAUGUUGAGCAUUGUUGCCUUUUGCCAUCUGCAAGGAGUUGUACACCGGGAUCUGAAGCCAGAGAACUUCCUAUUUGCAACGAAAGAGGAAAAUUCUCCCAUGAAGGUCAUAGAUUUUGGUCUAUCUGAUUUUAUUAGGCCAGAUCAACGUCUGAAUGAUAUUGUUGGCAGUGCUUACUAUGUUGCACCUGAAGUACUUCACAGAUCAUACAGUACUGAGGCAGAUAUUUGGAGUAUUGGAGUAAUCACUUACAUCUUAUUAUGUGGUAGCAGACCUUUUUGGGCACGAACAGAGUCUGGAAUUUUCCGCUCUGUUCUCCGCGCUGAUCCCAACUUCUAUGAUGCGCCAUGGCCGUCAGUAUCUGCUGAAGCUAAAGAUUUUGUCAAAAGGCUUUUAAACAGAGACCAUAGGAAAAGAAUGACAGCUGCCCAAGCCCUGACUCAUCCGUGGUUAAGGCCCCUUAACUGUGCUAUACCUCUGGAUAUAAUGAUCUUCAGAUUAAUCAAGUCAUACCUCCAAGCCUCCCCUCUGAAACGUGAUGCCUUAAAAGCUCUGUCAAAAGCUUUAACUGAGGAUGAGCUCCUAUACCUGAAGAUUCAAUUUGAACUUCUGGAACCAAAGCAUGGCUAUGUCACGCUUGAUAGUUUCAGAACAGCCCUUAUGAAAAAUGCAACUGAUGCUAUGAUGGAGUCAAGAGUUACUGAUGUUCUAAAUGCGAUGGAACCUCUGUCCUACAUGAGGAUGGACUUUGAAGAAUUUUGCGCUGCUUCGAUAAGUGUGUAUCAGCUGGAGGCACUGGAGAACUGGGAGGAGAUUGCGAGCGUGGCAUUUCAGCACUUUGAGGUGGAAGGAAAUCAUGUUAUCUCAGUGGAGGAAUUGGCGCGGGAGUUGAAUUUGGGACCAACUGCUUUCUCUCUACUCAAGGAUUGGAUCAGACCAUCUGACGGGAAAUUGAACUUUCUGGGCUUCACCAAGUUCUUACAUGGCGUAACUAUCCGCAGUUCAAACACAAGACACCGGCACUGAGGACCGGAGAUUGCUAGCUAGCCGGUGACAUUGUUGCUUUUCCGGAGUCGCUACAGUUUGUUUCGAACUCUUUUUCGUUGGGCGAAAACGUAGAAAAUUCUUGGACUUCUUACUAUAAUUUCUUUGAAUUGUUGUGAAGAAAGGAUUUGUUGGUAUUCAAGCAAAUGCAAUAGUAUUUUGGGGGUGUGGAGUGGAGAAUGUGAUCUGGGGUUUGUGAUGGAUGGAUUUUUCUUGGAUGGGAAGAGGUGGGAACAAAAUGAUAUAUAUUUUUAUAUAUAUAAUAGAUAUAUAGAUAGAGAAGGAGAUACUGUUAAAAGAAUGGAUGCAGGAGGAGGAAGAGCAGGAUGAGACUUCUUAUUGAUUGAUUGAUUGAUAUGAUAUUAUGAAUUGAUGAUCCAAGUUUGUCUGAUUGUGUAAUUUGGUUCUUGAUUAUUUUCCAGGUGUGUUUUUGAA